AUGCCCAAUAAGCCGGCCGCUCCUCGCCCGACGGCCUCCGAGUCUGCAGAUAUCGAUGCUGCGGGCGUUGCCAGCGCAGAGCUGGCCCCUUCAUGCCGUCCAGGGGACCAGGAAGACCGCUCGCCACCACCCCCUAGUCCCACUCCUCAUGUCCAUGAACCUCAUCCCCUUCUUACGUCUUCUUCUUUUUCUUCUUCCCCUUACUCCACUUCCCCUCUCCCAGGGCAACCGUCCCCCACAGCUGGACCCUCCCUCGCUGAAACGACGUCGUCGUCCAAGCCGGGACAGACCUCCUUGCCUACCUCCUUUCCUCCCAUAUUUUUCCAGUCCAGCAAGGUCCCUUCGGCCUCUUUAGCCCCUUCCACGGCCGAAGGCAAACCGGUACGCCUCGCCGAUCCGGCCGACACCCGCCAUACGGGCUCUGCGUUGCAGAAGCUGAACAGCAAGUACCCGUCCGCCGCUGUCCGCCGUCACGGUUACGCCCCGGAAGCCUCGAGUGCCCAGAGCAGCACGUAUUCGCAGCCCGUGCUUGUGCGCACUUACAGCGGGCCCUCGCCUUCGCAAGGCUCGCGCAGUACCCGGUCUCGUCAGUACCGGCCGCCGAGCAGUAACCGAGGAACUUCCCGACGCGUUCCUCUACCAUCGGCCUCAGCUCCAGGGAGUGGGGGACCGGGCCGGCCUGCCCAACCCACGUUGACUGACGUUGGUGUUGGUACGACGAGCAAUAUCAGCGCCAGUAUCAGCAAGCGCGGCAACGUCAACAUUAAUACUAACAGCAACGACCCGGCGUACAACAACAAUGCUAGUCCAGUAAACAUGUCAAAACCAUAUAAGGCCGAGAAGGCCACGACCACGGCCACGAGCACGAGUACGACGACCGGUAGCAGGAUACCCUUGGCAUGGCCCUGGCCACUCUCCACGCGGCGGGAGCCCGAAGAGCCGAAGCUACCCCCACUAGACGCCUUCUCUUUCAAGAGUUUCAUGGCCGACCUCGAGACUCGCGGGAGCGAUAGCGACAUUGGUGCAGACCUGGACCGCAUCGCCGAGAUAUGUGCCCGCUCGCGCUACUCCCUCAGCAACCAGUACGAAGUCCACGUAGCACCCCACGGCUCCGGCGCAUCAUUCACAUCCAGCCCCCUCCCGCCUUCCAUCUCACGCACAAGAGAUGCCCAAAGCGGCCACCACCGCAACCGCAGCAGCGGUUCCGUCGCCAGUACCGGCGGCGGUCCCACCCUCCAGGCCAUCACCUCUGACGAUGAGAACCCCGCGCGACUUCACUCCCGAAGAAGAGCGGGCACCAAACGGCGAAGUGCGGCUUACGGAACCCUCGAGACAAUCAUGUCGUCGAGCCGGUCGUCCGAGGAGGACAAGAGCAAGAAGAAAUCGGCCGCCGAGCUCGUCACAGAGGUCCGCGGACGGGCCGCCAGGAAAACAUGGGAUACUAACCCGAGUGCCUCAACGUCUGGAUCCGUCGCAGUAUCAGCAUUGGAGUCCACAUCAACCAAAAACAGCAGCAACAACAGCAGUGCCAGCCCCGAUGCCACAGCCGAGCAACAGCAGCAAGGACAACAGCGCCCCACGUCCACAUCCUCCAUCACCGACGCCACGCGCCUCCUAGCCCGCAAGAAAUCUGCCACCUUCGCCAACGCCAGUAUCUCACCGUCCUCCGUCUCCGCAUCAUCAUCAAGCCACCGAAACAGAAGACCCGGCAACAACAAGGACGACCGUGGGAAACAAAAAACCACCGCUACGGCUGAGAAUGCCUCCUCGGCGCUGGUCAGCAGCAGGCAGGACGAUGAAGGGACUACUACUACCACGGGCCGUGUACCCCAACAGGAGUUGGCGGCUGUCCAAGCCGGAAAUAUCAACCCCCACGACACCGGCGAGAAUAUUGCCAGCAGAGGCUCCGCCGGGGUUGGGAAUGCGAGCGGUCAAUCCUCAUGGGGCGCCUGGAUCCCAUGGCGGUCAGGGCAGCAAGAACAGAUGCAGGCCCGACGGGUGGUGAGGAGUCAUGCGGAGGGGAGUCUGAGGCAGUUGUUGCGGACUCGGGGGAAUUGA